CGAACCGGUCUCGCCGGAACUCGGAAGGGCGCCGUCUCCGCCAUGGCGGGCGGAGGGCCGGUGUGCUACGCGCUCCUGUGUGGUCAGGCGGCGCUGCUGCUGGGCAACCUGCUCCUGCUGCAGGGGGUCUCCCGGAGCCACCAGCACAACGCCACCGAGAGCCCCGCCAGCGCCUGGCAGAAGGAAGAGGGGCAGCCGCGCCCGCCUCACGCCGCCUCCGCCAGCGUCUGGGAAUACCAAGGCCCCUACGCGCCGCUCGUUCUCUGCGACCACCUACCCGAAGAAUUCAUAGAAUGUGAGGCUCCUGUGGACCAUAACGGAAACAUCAGCGCACGGGAUGAGUUGGGUUACGGAUGUCUCAAGUUUGGUGGCCAAGCAUAUAGUGAUGUCAGCCACACUCAAGUCCUUUGCAGGGCACUGGAUGGCAUUGAGUGCGCUGGACAGCGAACCUUUCUGCGUGGGAACAAGCCGUGUGUGAAAUACACCGGACACUACUUCAUUACCACUCUCCUCUACUCCUUUUUCUUGGGUUGUUUCGGAGUAGACCGCUUCUGCUUAGGCCAUACAGGUACGGCCGUGGGAAAGCUGCUGACUCUUGGAGGACUCGGCAUCUGGUGGUUUGUGGACCUGAUUCUUCUCAUUACCGGGGGACUCAUGCCCAGCGAUGGGAGCAACUGGUGCACCAUUUACUGAACACCUAUCGUUCUGGUUGGACUUGAUCCAGAGAGGAGAAGAGAGUGGAAGCCUGGCUUAGAUGAAGACCUCCUGCCUGAGAUCGGUUCCACGGCAACGAAAGAGAGCAUGGUGUUGUAUCUGCUUUUCCACUGGAACUAGGAUGGGGUUUAACAGGAAAAUGCGAACUGUAAUUCUGCAGGAUAUACCUCGUUGUUUCAGUUGAAGCUGUUCUCCUGCCUACAGGAAGACUGUAAAUUUAUUUAUGAAUUUAAUGCAAUUUUCUACACGUCCCGCCACACUUCUGUAUUUCCGCUUGUGCCAUGAUAAUUAUUAAUGCACAGAACGUAGCCCUAGGUUCUCAUUGCUGUGAGUUUAGAAGAGGUUUUUAUAAUAAGUCCAGAUGGCUAGAAUUAGCUGACAGCAACUUGCAACGUUUAAGGCCCUACUAGAAGGUGGCUGCCUGAUGCUUAUUCACUUUGCAUUUUAAGAUAGUGGCGCUAUUUUUCCGCUUAGAAUGCAAGUCAGAAGUCCCUCUUUAUGUCUUUGUACAUAGAUAGGGAAUCUCUGACAGUUCUUCCCCAUUCUUAAUCUCAUCUUGUGGUGAAGGUAUGGAGAAGCAACCACCUUUCCUUAGCUACAUCAAAUGUAACUUAUUUAAAGUCAACCCCAGCAUGUGCUUGGUAAGUCAGAAGGCAGUGUCCUGGAUGCAUGCCUCCUUAAAGCAGUGACAUCUGUUGUCCCCCCUUUAAGAGAAAAUUAGGAGACAGGUUUUUAAGACAAAUCAGUCAUACUAAAAAUUAACACAGAAGCAAAUCCUUGCUCCGGCACCUUAGCCAAACCACCCCUUCUAGAAUGCAACCAGUGUUGGAACAUGCUAAAAUGAUCGAUAUCAGCAGAAAAAUAAUCCGUCUAGUAGUGGUUGCAUGCCAACAGAAACAGGUUGCUGCCUUCUAGUCAGCUGGAGUGAAAUAGAUUUCUAAGAUAUUUACCUUUCGAACACUGAAAUCAAAAUAUAUUCCUUUGUUGCAGUAUAAUGAAACAUGAUGGGCUGCUGAACUUUCCAGGUAUUGAAUAAGAAUAAACCCUCAAAGUAUGAAA